AUGGCUAGUCCGGUCCCACGUGCACCUGCACCGGUGGAGACCAGUCGGAAAAUUAGCCGGUCAACGAGGAACAAGUGUCCACCACCAUUUCUGUCGAAAACUUAUGAUCUUUUGGAGGCGGAGGAAGAAAAAAGAGGCGGCGAAGAAGCCUCUGAAAAUGAAAGGCAAAAGAUUGUUUCAUGGAAUUCUCAAGGCAACGGUUUUAUUGUAUGGUCUCCUGCAGAGUUUUCUGAGUUCAUGUUGCCAAAAUAUUUCAAGCACAAUAACUUCUCAAGCUUCAUUCGACAGCUAAAUACUUACGGAUUCAAGAAGACGGCGUCAAAACGAUGGGAAUUUCAGCACGUGAAGUUCCAGAGAGGGUACAAACAUCUGCUCGCAGAAAUCACGAGAAAAAAAUGCGACACUAGUGCAUUUCCAGCAUACCUAAAAGCCUCUGAAGAACACAAAUGGAUGGCCAUGGAAGAAGAAAAUACUCGAUCAAUGAUGAUGCUAAUGGAGGAGAAUAAGAACCUAAGAAGGCAGAAAAUGGAGCUGCAAAUGCAAAUAGCUCAUUUCAAGACAAUUGAAAUGAAAUUGUGGGAAUGCAUGAGAAAUCAUGGCUACCAAAAUAAAGUUAGAUGUUGA